AUGUCCAACGACGCCGCGGCACAGCACACCGAGGAGGCUCAGGCGGGCUCGGGAUCCAUGCUCUCCAGCUUGGUCUCUUUCUUCGUGCCAACGGCCCACGCCGAGGAGCCGAAGAAGGUAGGAAACGACGAGGAAGAGACCGAGGACGAGGAGAAGGAGGAAGAGGAGUCGCCUGCGGAGGAGGAGGAGGAGGAGGAGGAGGAGCCAGAGGAUAUCGCCCCGGCAAUUCGACAGGAAUGCGAGGAGACUCAGUGCGUCGAGCCGGCGAAGCACUUCAAGCACUGCUCGGACAAGGUCGAGGGUGGGAAGGGAUGGGAAGGGGAGGACUGUGUCGAGGAGCUGUUCCACUUGAUGCACUGCGUCGAUGCUUGCGCCGCACCCCGGCUUUUCAGGAAGCUCGCUUAA